AUGAUAUGUGAUGUAUGUAAAUAUGAUGAUGAUGAUGAUGAUGAUGAUGAUGAUGAUGAUGAUGAUGAUGAUGAUGAUGAUGAUGAUGAUGAUGAUGAUGAUGAUGAUGAUGAUGAUGAUGAUGAUGAUGAUGAUGAUGAUGAUGAUGAUGAUGAUGAUGAUGAUGAUGAUGAUGAUGAUGUAUAUGAUGGUAGAAGGGUGCUCACCGAUCGUUCUUACGGAGCUCACUCGUUCCGUUGUGUCUUACAGGCUCUCUCUCGAGCCCAACCAGCCCAAGCCGAGGUCUUUUUAGAGCAAAGCAGGAAAAAUAACAGGAAUAAUAAUAAAUAAAUAAUAAAUAAUAAACAAUAAAGAAUAAGAGAAGAAAUACAGACAUCUGUGAAUCGCCCAGCUAAGGGUUGAGGUGUGUGGUAGGGAUGUAAAUGACGCAUGUAAAGGAGAAGUUUACGAACUUUAAUUUAAAGGGACUAAAUAUGUGGGGAAAUAAAAAAUUUGAUGACAAAGUAACGCCAAGGUACCUGAAAGAGGAUUCCUUGUUGGUAAGGAUGUCAAAGGAUUCAGGACUAGGAGGGAGCCGCAGUCGGAAAAUACAUCAAAUUGAUUUUUGAUUCACUUUUAACCCAAAUGUGAAAAACUCGGUGACUCGGUGGGAUUCUAAUCCAAAACAGCACGGGGAGGCUUUAGUACAGUCAACGCUCUUACCAGCUCAGCCACAAGGCCCCACCAGACGACGCGAGUUCAAUCACAUUUGGGUCAAGUUCACCCGCCUAGCCCACCGCAGCGUCUGGAAUCCACCAAAUCUGAUGCAGUAAGCUGACUGCCCAAGCAGGAUUUCCUAAGUAAUACAUCUGGAAUCCACCAAAUGACUACCAGGCACACGUAAUUUAGAGGUAUUUUGACAAAUUUCAGAUAACUGGACAGCCCUCCCCAGGUUAUUCGAAACUGAAAGAGCUUGUUUUUCCUAAUUAAAGCCUGAAGAUAGUGUUUUCCUGCUCCACUUUGUGUCGCACGCACGGGAAAUAAGGAAGGAUUUUGGUUGGAAAUUUCUUCAAUUCUGACCAACGGUCAGAUGGCAGGACCUAUAAUCAUCGUGACCGACGAUGUCAGCCGUGUGUUCCACAGCAGGGUGAGGGCAGGAACAGUGACUUGCGCGUAAAUUAGUUUACAGUGAUAGUGGGCUUGUGCCUCAUCUGCCUCACCCGCCCUUCCCCCCCCCCUUCACCUGGGACCGGCGUCAAGACAUAGUCAAGAAGUUCGGAGGCGGGAGAGGGCGCAGGUGGCUGGCAGGGUGUAAACCCACACCCAGGCGUACCACCCCAACCCCUGGUCCACAACGGACACCGACCAGGAUUGCGCACAACAAAUUAAGAGGGAGGACAGCUUGUAACCCAGCUGGCGUGGCGUGGGCCCGCAGCUGGGCGUGCUACCACAUCUCAACUGUUGGCAUUUAUUAGGAGCGCGCAUUUCCAAUAACGUCCUCAAUCUGUGUUGGUCCAGCGCGUCCACCGUGUGGCCAGAUUUAGGGACAAAUAAGAAUGUAUAGGACGCAACGGAACGCAUUGCCGCGGCGUUUGGCGUGAGUGUCGCCACCCUUCGACAGCUACCAUGUGUAGUGGAAUAAUGUAAUGGAAGGACCGGCUGGAUGCAGGUGAGCAAACGGACGUAAUUUUUCAAGUCGCUUGACACAACUGUCCACAGACUGCACAUCUCAGCUCAGGAAAACUCGAACACAAGCAAGGCGCCCAGAGAGGCGAUCCGGUGUCCUCAAUCACUCUGGAGCAGGUGAGAGGAUUUCGCCUCCUCUGGGCGUUUUGUUUCCGCACAGCCUAAGUCCUGCAUCGGUGAUAACCUCUAGGAAAGAAUUUAACGAUGAAGUUAUCGAAAUUGAGCAGGCAACUAAAGUGCCCAUCUCAAAGCCCCCUCUUUUCUCAACUGUCAAAAUUAAGAUAUUCGUUGGUAGUGAGGUCGGAUUUAUCUAUCACUGAAGGCUUCGAAGAAUAAAUUGCCGUAGUUUUUCGGCGUUUCCGACGUUUGGGACGUACCCGAGAGAGACUGUUUCUUCGGCAGAAUAAUUUUAAGGAUAUUACCUAACAGGUGUUGAGAUCAUUUUACGGAAAGGAUCAUGAGUGCUGGAUUUGCGCAGACAAGAGUGUAGUGUCAUCAAAUAAAUUCAAUGGUCCUCCCAGCUGUCUUUUGAACUGACAACACCAAUAAUGGGCAAUCUCUUCUGCCUUCUCCUUCGACAAAUACUGCAGAACAAGACAAGAUCUAUUUUUUACCAGCCUCCGCUACGUUCAGUUGCUAGUUUUACGGCAUGAGUCUCACGGGCUGUGGAGGUUAGCCCUCAGUAGAAAGCGGAUGAUCACACGAUCUUACUAGUGGGUGUUGCCGAUUUCGGAACAACGCAUCAGUAUGCCAUUAUGCGUUCGGCAGUAUCAUCCGGUUGCGUUUAAGGUUAUAUUCCUCCCCACUGACCGUAAGGGUAGACUGUAAUAAAAAAGCAGUAACAUACGGACCGGGAAAAGUGCACUUUGAAAAGAGAGAAACCUUGACAGGGGUGACCUUUUGCAACGUUUUUUUCGCAAGGGGCAACAGCAUUCUCCCCUACAACGCACAUCUCUUGUCCAAAUUAAUCACAAAUAGCAAGUCCAUUAGGUGCGAGGCCUACCAAGUGAAACACAUACAUGCGCCUACAUGCCACCUGAUUGGAUAAUUCAGUCGGUCUGGUCAGUGCUGUGUACCGGGUGACUGGGUGGGGGGCUACGGGGCAAGCUGAAUGGCUCCCUAAUGUAGCCGUUAUAGCACUCUGAAGCACGCACGAUUCAGAACCACCUCCUACUUUGUGAAGGCCUACUACCUUGCUCGGGGAUCAGACCGUGUGUAGCAUGCGUAGAUCGGCUGUUUAGCUUUGUCGGCCGGCGCCCGCUUCCAGUCGUCUCCACUCUGUCCUGCUACAGGUUCCAGGUGGGUUGAGAGGAGUGAGUGCGGUAGAUGCUGCGCAAGUCCCCAUCCUGCACCCACCGCUGCAUGGCACAUGCGGCUGACAUGCUGGUUUGCUCCGGCCGAAACUACCAAGUGACCAACAACCUUCGUACGAUUUUCGUUAGAUUUCGAUGCGGUGGCUUGUUGAAUUUUGUCAGGACUUGUCGGGCUCGUGUGUGCAUGAUAGAGCGCUUUAAGAAUUGUGUGCGUAUGCAAAGCCCCACUUCAGAUAAUCGUGACCAUCGCGGUCUGAUGUGGGCUGGCAGUUCCCUGCCACCUGAUUUCCCUGCAUUUGGUCUCCCGAUGGGCGUAUAGGCCGUGGGCAUAGUUGUGCAGCGACUUGUGUCAUCAUCUCCACUUUCUGACUCAGUCGGUUAAAAUUCUGGUCAAGUGUUUAUUGAGGACCAGUGGUGUGGUGGUACGCCUAUAGGAGGACGUACGCCGUGCCAGCUACUUGCGCCUUCACCCGCCUCCGGUCUUCUUGACUGUGUCCUGAGACCAGCUUCAGGUGUGACAGAUACUGCGCAAGUCCACUCUCUCUGUAAAGUAAUUUGCGCGCAAGUCACCGUCCUUUCUCUCGCCCUGCUGUGCUGCACUCGGUGGACAUCGUCGGUCGAACAUACGCGUUAGUGGGCCGGAGCACUACUGUUUGUGAUAUUCCUCCAUUUUUAAAAUGCCUACUAAAUCGGGUGCAGUUCGUGCACGACUGUCUUAGGAAUGAAGACUUCCUUCAAAGACUGGCAUACAAGAUAUUCGCAGCAUUUGAGGAUGUGAUAAAAGAACAAAUCCGGAGGCAACCAUUGGGCGUCUGGUAAUGAAACCGAAAGACCCGCCGCUACGGCUAGAAACGUCUGGAGUCGUUUAUCGGAUCUGGUGCAGUUGCGAACAAAGCAACUAUGUCGGAGAAAACGAACGAGAAUGGCCGAAAACGCUGCAACGAUGCGGAGAAAUGACGCCAGCUCUCAAGUUGCGGCUCAUACGACGAGAUCCAGCCACACAUUCAAAUUCGAGGAGGCCGAAAUUCUCGCAAGAGGUGACAAUCGCGUGAGCCGGGAGCUACUUGAGUUAUGGUUUACUGGUCCCAGUGAAUUAACAGGUGGAAGGAACUUCCCCUUUCAUAGUCGAUACUGAGACUUCGCCUAGGCGGAGUAAUUGGCCACGCGGGGAGCGCACAGGUGAGCACUUUUUCCAACACCGGGGUCGGUGCGUCAAAUGGUCGAGCAAUUUUCACACCAACACCUAACACACGUGAUGAAAUUGCAGCAAUUAACGACGCGCAUGUCGGCCAUCAGACAGCCAGCACACCAAGUGCAACAAUCCAUGAUGAAGGGGGGAGCCGUGAAUGUUCAUAGGUAUGCGGUAGCAUGACGACUGCAUCCUAUAAAUACUGCAGCCCCUUGUGCAUGAAUCACCCGUAUUUGCUGUUGUCUCUGAUGAUGGAUUCGAACAGGAAUCCGAAACGUCAGGCCAAUAAAGCUCUUGUCCCAACGAUCUUGUCUCCUUCUUCAAAGAACAAAUCUCUCAGAGGGAGAUUUCGUCUGGCAAUGGAUGCCUUGGAGAAGCACUACGCUCAGUCACAUUAUGACAGUGAUGCUAUCCCCAGAAGGUCCUGAUUUUUGUAUAGCGGGCUACUGCCAGUAUUUCCCGCUCUAAUUUCCUCGGUAAAAGCCGGAGAACUAACCUUGGGAUACACUCUAUGUUGACUGGAUGUGUAAGAUCUGUCUUGCUGCAAAAACACCCCAGAUUACGUAAUCGGAAGACAGUGCUCUUCUCGAAGCAACCGAAGCUUUAUUUAAUCAGCACCUCGACAGUUUUUACCGCGGUGCUGACGCACCAUGGGAAGUGACGUUAAGAACUUAAAAUAGUCAACAGGAUCAGUAACACGGGGCGGUGUCUAAAAACGGACCGAAACACGAAUUUUCCUAGUUUCUGAAGACAAAUUGCGAGUUUAUACUACCAAUAUAAUCACUCUUCUGUACUUGACGAAUCUGUUUGGCAUGUCUGAGCACCGUCAAGGUUGUGAUGGAGAGGUUUUUUUUCGCUUGUAAAAAACCAAAAUUCAAAGUGAAGAGCCGAACACGUAAAAUCACUGAAAAGACGCAUGCGUUGGAGACGUCCAAAAACAACAUGAAAACACGGAAUUAUUUGCAAAGGGAUAAAGUGCCAAAAGGGGCCCAUGUACGCUAGAACGAAAAUUUUAUCAGCACGACUUUUGGAUUUUCACUGAACCCAACUUCGGAAACGGCUACACGGAAAGGUGAUGGAUGAGUACUUAUCACGCCAUAAAGCGUUCGGAUAAGAGUGAGUAAGUCAUCAGCAUACCAGGUACGACAGACGGUAACGAAUGUGAGAGCAGUUAAUUAUGAUGCGUACGUGUUCUCAUAGCAAUUACAGUAGGUGGGCUAACUCAUGAAAUGUCAACCGAAAUUCCGAAUCGCGUUUUCGUUUCGAAAAGAUUAAUUAAGUAGGGUUGUAAAACUAGUCAGUCUACAACAUACUUCUAUAAUAUUUCAGUUACCUGAGGACGCCGGCUUUCGAAUGAACUUCCUUCCGGCCGCAUGCAAGAACUAUGCUCUGUAA